GAUAACGUUUCCCAUAGGAUCUGAUGAGCACAGUCGAUAGAGGAUAACAAAAAAUAAUUAAUUCAAUCGCGUUGUUUCUCUGUUCUUGUCCACACACUCCUUUACAAUCAGAAAAUUAUCACCUUCAAAUUCGAAAUCCAGAGUCACUGUGAAAUGAGACUUCCUUGUAAUGGCCUUUAUCAGAAGCAAUAUUUCCUCGGUAAUACCCACAUCUGCAAUUCUUCUCAUAUCUAAUGCCUCUCCCAGAUCCGCAGCUACCUACAAAACCUUAAAAUUCUCAAUACUGUAUAAAACCCCAAAGUUACGAGCUGCCGGGAAAGAGAGCUAUGAAAGCAAGGAGACCGAGGUUCGAAUCUCGCAAGAAUCGAACACCCUUUCCAAGCAGUCUGUAUUGCAGAAUGAGGACGAUUUUUUGAGAAAAGUGUCGGUGGCCAAAGAUGCUGAAGAAGUUCUGCAUAUUUUUGAGGAGAAAUUUGAGGGAAUUGGCGGCGGGGUUAUUAGCGGCGAGGACUGUGCGGCCAUCAUUAGUGCGGCGCUCGCGCGGAAUAAUGUGGAUUUGGCCUUCUCUAUAUUGCAGGCCAUGCGCUGCAAUUUGAUUCAGAAGACGCUGGAGAGAAAAUUAGGAGUUGGCAUGUUUUCUGUAGAAGGCAAUCUUAGAGAUUCUUCCACUCAGAGAUGGAGAUGGGCGCAGCCUGACGUGACUACUUAUACAACGCUAGUGCGAGGACUGGCUGCAUCUUUACGGGUUUCAGAUGCCAUUCAAACUAUUAAAGAUAUCUCCCGUAUUGGUGCUCCUCCAGGAAAUGAGGUACCUUUUGGAAAGGUUGUGAAGUGUCCAAACUGUAUGAUAGCCUUGGCUGUUGUACAACCACAGCAUGGAAUCCAGCUUGUAUCCUGUUCAAAGUGCCGUUACCAAUAUGAGCUUAUGUCCGGUGACAUUGUUAGUCUUGAGUCAGAAUCAAUCAGCACAAACAUUUCAGUGAUGGAAAAAGGGAUGAGAUUCCUCCAAAUUAUGAAGCGAACCCUUCCUGCUGCUGUUCAUUCAAUUAUGAUUCGUGCUCCAAACGGACUUGCUCGUACGCACAGGUUUGCAACAGAUUCUGCUGAUCUUCCUGUACAGGAAGGGGAAAGAGCAACGGUUGCAUUAGCAGCUCCAUCAAAUGUUGGAAGGAACAUGGGCCCUCUCAGAUUAAGUGCAAGGACUCCUGGAUGGAGACCUGGUGAGCCCAUGUCUAUAACAAAUCAUGUAACUGGACUGGAAUUCCGGCUUUUACCAGCUCCUCCCAAAUCUGGAAGUUCAGCUUCUUUUGAGGCCUCAUUUAUUAUUCCUGCAUUAGCUUUACUUGCUGGUGGAGAUGCUGCCACUGCAUUUAUUGAUCCUACAUUACCUAAACUCAUCUCAACUGUUGCUGUUUCGGCCACUGUUGUAGGUGCUGCUGUUAAUGCCUUAGUUUUACCACAAUUGAAUAAGCUUCCUCAGAGGAUGGUGGAUAUAGUCGCUCUCAGACAACAGCUUCUAUCACAAUAUGAUCUUAUGCAAUCCCGUCUUAAGGAACUAAUUCAAGAUGCAGAAGAAGAGGUGUGGAUGCUGGCCCGCAUGUGCCACUUAGAGAACAAAAUUGAAGUAGUUGGGGAAUCCUCUUACAGUGCUCGGAGGAGCAGGGUCAAGCAUGCUCAAGAAAGUUUGGAUGAGGCUCUUGUUGCAAAAUUGGAGCUUAUUGACAGCUAUGCAAAAGUUAGUUGUUUUGAAAGUUAUAUUUUUUUUUAUACGAUAGCUUCACUAAUCGAAAUCGAGGUGGAGAUGGACGUAGAUGUUUUUGCUGCAGAAACAGCAACUAAUACUGCAAGUAUAGCUGAACAAAUUGAGCGCCUUAUGGAACUAGAAGAUUUGGAGAAGCAAUGGCAAAUUCAGGCCGAGGCGAAUGAUGAAAUUGAAAGGCUUCUAAGAUCUGAACCAGUUUUACCUGAUUUUUGAAGCAUUAUUUAAUAUCAGGCCAGUGUCAUAGUUAUGAAUUUUUUUUUCACAUAGAUGGAUAUGUUGCGUCUUUAUGGAGCUUUCUUCAGGGGGAGGGGAAAAUAUUCAUCCUUUCUAUGAAUUUUGUUUCCAGGAGAGUUGAAUUAGGAACUUUUUUAUUCCCAUCUGGUUUCUGUAUUCUGCCUUGUCUUCAUAUGUUUGUACGGUAAUGUAUUUGUUUGUAAUAUAUUCAUAUGUUUGUAUCCUUGUUACAUAA